AUGUCGACGCUUGAUGUUACAAAACCCACAGGAAGAAAACAGCGCCAGACAAUUCUUCUUUCAUUAAAGGAAUGGCAUGCAUUUAUCACACCACGUACAGCAGUUAUCGUACUAUAUGUAAUCGGAUUGCUAUUUAUUGGUCUAGGAACUACAUUUUUCAUUAUUACAGGUAAUAUGACAGAUAUAGAAAUCAGAUAUGAUCGAGAAUGCUACAAUAAAUCACAGUGUAUUGUUUGGUUUAACACAACUUCUGAAAUUUCAGGAAAAAUAUCAAUGGAAUACAAACUUUACGGAUUAUAUCAGAAUCACAGAAGAAUCUUCGACUCAAGAAGUUACCCACAAAUGCAAGGAAAAUUUCUAACAUAUAGCGAAUUAAUAGCAUGUGACCCAAUUAUAUCUGUGAACAAAUCCAAGGAGGUUAAAGACCUAUAUGCUCCAUGUGGUUUGAUGUCACUUUCGUUUUUUAACGAUACAUAUAUUUGGAAUUACGCUGAUAUCGCUAAUUUUACGUCCGAUGAUAUAGCUCUUGCCAGCGAUAGAAAAAGAUUGUUUAAAGGUCUAAAUAUCGGUUACAAUAAAUCAGUUCAGUGGCUGGACAAUUAUGAUGACUUUCCAGGCAAUAUUACUAACCAGCACUUCAUUGUAUGGAUGAGAGCAGCUGCUAUGCCUGUUUUCUUAAAACUUUAUUCCAAAUGUUAUAAUUGCACAAUUCCUCCAGGAAAUUACAGCAUUCUUAUCAAAAAGAACUAUCCAGAGUCUAUGUUCGACGGCCAGCGCUCAAUUGUUUUCUCAACAACGAGUUCCCUUGGUAGUGGAAGUUAUUUCAUAUCUACAGCAUAUAUGUCAAUGGGAGGAGUCAGUUUAGUGUUUGCAACUGCAUUUCUCUUCCACAUGCUGUUCUGCCCAAGACAGUUCGGAGAUCUUAGCCAAAUUUGGUCUCCUCAAGCACAGACUCAAGCUCCACUGAUGUCAACAACACAAGAGAAUUCUAGCGAUGAGUCUGAUUACCAGAGUUCUGUUCAUGAUGGAACUCCAUAUUGA